AACAGAAUGGAGAUCGAUUCAGUGCCCCGCAUCACACUUCCCGGCUUCGGCCUUCCCGUCAACACAUUAACACAAUGGUCUCGUGAAGGCGAAAAUACUCGCUUCCCACAUGCAAUCGCAGAUUGGUUUUCUAGCGACGGGGUCUCGGUGCGGGAGCGACGGAUGUUGGAAUUCAUGACGCAGAUUACGGAUAAGCCCGAGUGGACGCGCAAGGUUUUCGAUGAAGCCAUCAUAGCGAAAUGGAAGGAGGAGGCUAUUCGCUGGGACGACAGUCUUCCUGAAAAUGGGGAUUGGUGGCUGAGUGAGACGAUGUUUGAGUGUUGUAUGCUGGAGUUGAGAGAGAAGGCCGAGGUGUAUCAGAAAGAGGGGUUUGUCGCAGUUUUGGAUGCAGAGGCUACGAUUGUGAAGUCUGAUAUUGCUGUUUCGGGCGAGUUAAGAGAUAGAUUGAGAGGUGCGGUUAAGAAGCUGGAAAAUGUGCCUGAUAGGGUAAAGGACUGGCAUCCGGGGUCUGAUGAGAAGGUGCUGGAUUUGGUACAUCCGUCCCUGUUCCCAGUCGUUUAUGGGUUUACGAGAGCGUUGCCGUUUGGGACUGUUCCGCUAGAGAGUUGUGCAGAGUAUACUGGGAAAGGAGAAGUCAUUGAUAAGUUCGAGGCUACGGAUCAUGUCAGGAAGGUUUCUUGGGGUGAUAAGGAGAUCAUUGAUCAAGCAUGGGGGAGUUACCAGUGGCUUCCUUCGAAUAUUACGUUUACGGACGAUGGCACGGCGAAGAUUGUCAGUUACAUCAACAACCUGCACCCUAGAGAGCAUACCGAGUUGUAUAAGAUAUUGGAAGCAUUCGUCGACGCCUCCAUUCCACUCUGGAACGAAUGUCUGUCCUGGUUCCACAACCGGAUCCGCAUUUCCAUCGGCGGGACAAGCAACGAAGAUUAUAAAUUUGCACCUGGGGUCAAAUUUGACCGCGAGCCAUAUAAGCACGAUGCAGAGGAAGGACAUGAAUCCGAUUCUGAGGACGAAGAAGACGAUGAAAGCUGGGCAUGGGAACAUGGCUGCAUAGACCAAUAUCGCGACUGGCGAGACCAGAAUCGAAUCCUCGAACAACGCGAGCCAGCCUUCACACCGCACGACGAACACCAAACGCAACCAGGAGCAAAACGUAUUGACCUCCGCAAGGACUUUACGGAGCGUGGAUUGCAGGUAAUUUUCAAGCUUGCGAACAUCCAUCUUACACCUGAGAAACCAGAGUAUGAGGGUGGGUCGUGGCAUGUGGAAGGGAGCUUGAACGAACAUAUUUGCGCCACGGCGAUCUAUUAUUAUGAUUGUGAGAAUGUGACGGAUAGUCGGUUGGCGUUUAGACAGAGCUACGAUGCUGAAGCCAUGAUUAUGAGGCCUGCGCAGUCCGAAUACAGUUCUACAGAAGCCUAUUUCGGGAUUACUCAAAACGGCUCCUCAAUCCUCAACCUCGGCUCCGUUCUCACGCCCCAAAAUCGUCUCCUCGCUUUCCCCAACGUCCUCCAACACCAAGUCCAACCCUUCUCCCUCGUCGACAAAACCAAAUCUGGCCACCGCAAAAUCCUAGCCAUGUUCCUCGUAGAUCCGCAUAUUGAGGUUCUGUCAACAGCCAACGUGCCGCCGCAAAGAAAAGACUGGUGGGCGCAGGAGGUUAGGAAGAUUGGGUUCUUUGCGAGAUUGCCGAAGGAGAUUUUUGAUAUGAUUGUUGGGGAAGUAAGGGAGUUUCCGUUGGGGUGGAAAGAGGCAGUACAGGUGAGGGAGAUGUUGAUGGCCGAGAGGGGGAAGGUAGGGGAUGUUCUUGAGAAGGGUAUGGAUGAGAAUACCUUCUUCUUCUGCGAACAUUGAAUGUGUAAG